AUGACCCUCAACCAUCGCAUCAGCAAGUCAGACGUUGACUUGGUGGGGGGCGUCUACCGCUUGGACAGUCACAUCUACUUCAACUCGAGCCACACCGGCUUUGUAAUGGCCGGUGGCACAUUGGUCACGGGCCCCAACUUUGCGUCUUCCGACUUUCUCAUGGCUUGCUACUCUUGUAGCGAAAUAACAUGGCGUGACAUGAUCUUUGGCCCAUGCCGCAAUCAUCUGUGUGACCUAUCCGCUGAGAAUCAGCAUCGCGGCGGCGGAAUGCUGGUUGACACGAUUUUACAAAGUCAGCUUGUUGACGUCUUUUUUACGCAUUUUGAGUCUUACGGCGUUCUCUGCAACUCGGGCAAUGGCCACGAGCUUUUGAUCUCGGGCUGCUUUUUUGAGGAGUUCCACUGGGGCGAACCGGGCUACAACUCAACCAACACCACGACGGCCGUGGCCAUCCAAAUGGGGCAACCCGACUCGACUGUCCUCAACACCAUCAUUCGUUGCGCCAAGCGAGGCAUCGUCAGUUCGAGUGCAUCCAAUGUAAUUAGUGCCACACACAUUUAUACAUCUUGCAACCCACUGGGCUUGAACCCAACCGCGUGCUUUGAUAUAUACGGCAGCACUCGCAUUACUGAUAGUUGUAUGUGCAUCUUGUUGCUUGUGUGUGUGUGUGUGUGUGUGUGUGUGUGUGUGUGUGUGUGUGUGUGUGUGUGUGUGCAGCUCUGCUGGGGAUACGUCGACAACUGCUAUCUCGACUUGCAUCAGCUCGCCUAUCAGGUUACCAUCACCGGAACGAUGUUUUAUAAUGAAGCCCAACUUCUGCUGUCGCCCAGUGCUGCCAAUAGCAGUCUGGUUAACAUGGUGAUAAUGGAGAAUGUUUUCCAGCCAGGCCCAGAUGCCACACCUCGUAUCAGGGUGAAUGCCACCAACGGGAACAGCAUCGCCCCAGACAGUAUUUUCAAUGUCUCCAUUAGCAACAACAUUGGCGCCCUUGCCACUGUCGCGCGCCAAAAGCUUUCGUUUGCAACCUCGCCAACAAUCCUAGAUGUUGAUCUAUCCGAAUCCUUACUUCUACUGCCCACAGAUGCCGUCGUGGCCUGCCAUGUCCAGGUGGAGCGUUGCGGUGAUGUGACUGGCGCUGGUGCUGGUUUUGGACUGUGCAACGUGGUGACGAAUACAUCAGGAACGAGCUUUCGUGCUAGCGUCCUUGUUCUGAACGCACAGGGUACCCCCGCCAACUGUAGCGGAGUGCUUCAGCUGCACAUUGCCUGA